CGAGGUACUCCGAGCAGUUGCUGAAGAGCUACAAAGUGGCGCGGAUGAAUUUGUUACGUUUUAUACGAUUCGAACGGUACACGUGCUCCAGGUUUUCAUAAAACAAUUUGAAUGAAGUCUUGACAUAAUUUACACAUUUGGCCAGUUUAAGUUUUAGUUGAUUGUUGGUGCUGUGUCUGGUUUAUAAUGUGAUUGUGGAUUUUAGAUUUUUCAAAGAUUGUGCGCGGAAAACUGAAGGCAUGAGCGAGUACGACCGCAUCAGGAGGGCUUGUCUAAAAUGUGGGGAGCUCUGGGAGGAUCCGGAUUUUCCUGCUACACAAGCCUCGGUUUUUUAUCAUCAAACUCCUCCGUUUCAGUUCACGUGGAAACGACCCAAAGAUCUCUGCGCCAGGCCGGGAUUCGUCCAGGAUGGACCCCUCCAGUUUGAUAUCAUCCCAGGAAAAAUGGGUGACAGAUGGCUCGUCUCCUGUUUGGGUGUUUUAUAUUUAAAUAAAGGACUCUUCUACCGAGUCGUACCAGCAGACCAGUCUUUUAAUGGAGAUCAAUACGCUGGAGUUUUUCGAUUUCGACUUUGGUGGUGCGGCGAAUGGACUGAAGUUUUGGUGGAUGACCGUUUGCCCACUGUCCAUGGGCGACUGGCUUUCCUGCAGUCGCAAAAUUCGGACUAUUUUUGGCCCGGACUGCUUGAGAAAGCUUACGCAAAAUUACACGGGUCUUACGAAGCCUUAAAGUACGGUUCACUCCUCGAUGGUUUAGCAGAUCUGACCGGGGGAAUCACCGAAAGCAUUCCAAUUAGACAAGAUGCCACCACAUGUGCCAGACUUUUACACAAACUUUUAGACAUGACAUCAAUAAUCACCUGUACUGUACAACCCCCCAACUUCCAGAUGAGAUCAAGUGUUGAGAAACUACCAAAUGGAAUACAACUAGGGACAAAUUAUCGAGUAUAUCUAGUAGAAAGGGCCGAAACGUAUAGUGGUGAAGCCGUUCAGUUGGUAAAACUGCGCAACGCCUUAGGCCCCGCGUCGGAUUAUGUAGGUCCCUGGUCGAUAGACUCCCCCGAGUGGUCGGAAGUGUCACCAAACACCCUCGAAAGGCUCCAUUCCGAGCUUUCCGAAGGCGAAUUCUGGAUGUCUUAUGCCGACUUUAUCAAAACCUUCACACACAUGGAAGUAAUUCACUUGGACAGCGACACCAGCAGAGACGAACCCAGUCUACACAACAAAAACACAUGGCAGAUGAGGCUAUAUCAAGGGAAUUGGCUCAAAGGGGUCUCAGCUGGGGGCUGCAGGAACAACCCUGAAACCUUCCAUAUAAACCCACAACUCCACCUCCUUCUCAGCGAAAUGGAAGAAGUCGUGGUAUCGCUCAACCAACAUAGCAUAAUGGAACCCAAAGUCGUAGGUUUUACGGCGUAUUCAAUACCAAAAAGUAACACAGAGACGAUCGGGAAAUCGUUCUUCAAAGCCAACAAGUCUUUGUUCAAUUCACAAUACACCAACAGUCGGCAAGUCAGCUACAGGUGUUACUUGGAACAAGGGGGGUAUUUGAUCAUACCCACCAUAUUUGAGCCCGGACAAGAAUCUGGUUUUACUCUAAGGGUUUACUCAAGCAAACCUUUGAAACUGAAACUACUAGACACUGUACCUCUUCUGCUCAAAUCGGCAAUAGUCAAAGCACCGCCUUUGCUCGAUGGCAAAAGUUUCAGUCAAUACGAAGCUGUCUUUCUGCAACUUGCGGACGAACACAGGACUGUCAAUGCCUUCGAGCUUCAGGAAUUAUUAGAUGCUUGUUUACCAAACGAUUACAUCAAAAGUUGUGCCUCGAUUGAAGUUUGUAGACAAGUCAUACUCACGUUUGAUACGUCUGGAACAGGAAGAUUGAAGUUCAGUGAUUUCAAGGAUUUGAUGUGUAGUUUGAAAUUCUGGCAAACUUCGUUCAAAAACCACACGAAGGAAAAGACGGGCAUAUUGAAAGCUGAGAGGUUUCGGGAUGCUUUACAAGCUGUUGGCUUUCAGUUAAGCAGUGACGUUUUGGCUACGCUUAUAUUGAGAUACAUGAGGAAAGAUGGAACUUUACGCUUUGGAGAUUUUGUUUCUGCCAUAUUACAUUUGACUGUUGCUUUCAAUAUUUUUAAAAUGAAAGAUCCAUUACAAAAUGGUAGCAUCAAAUUAAGUCUAGCAGAGUGGCUGAAAUCAUCUUUAUCUUGCUGAUUUUUCGUUGCUUCAUACAUGUACAUAAAAUAUAUAUACUAUGUAUAUUAUAAAUUAAUUUUAUGUAUUUUGUAAGAUAGUUUUAAUAAAAAAAUAUAAACAAA